AUGUAUUUGUUAUCAAUUAAUUUUAAGGAGGUGGAUGGUGAUGAUGAUGGUGGUGGUGAUGGUGAUGAUGAUGGUGGUGGUGGUGGUGAUGGUGGUGAUGGUGGUGUUGGGGGUUCUACCGGAGGUUGUGGAAUAGUUGGGGGUUCUGCCGGAGGUGAUGGAAUAGUUGGGGGUUCUGCCGGAGAUGGUGCACUACUGGGGGUUUGUGCCGGAGAUGGUAAAAUACUGGGGGUUUGUGCCGGAGGUGGUGAGCUACUGGGGGUUUGUGCCGGAGAUGGUGAGCUACUGGGGGUUUGUGCCGGAGAUGGUGAGCUACUGGGGGUUUGUGCCGGAGAUGGUGAGCUACUGGGGGUUUGUGCCGGAGAUGGUGAACUACUGGGGGUUUGUGCCGGAGAUGGUAAAAUACUGGGGGUUUGUGUCGGAGAUGGUGAACUACUAGGGGUUUGUGCCGGAGAUGGUAAAAUACUGGGGGUUUGUGCCGGAGAUGGAGAACUACUGGGGGUUUGUGCCGGAGAUGGUGGACUGCCUUGGGUUUCUACUGGAGGUGGUGAACUGCCAGGGGAAUCUACUGGAGGUGGCGAACUACCUGGGGAUUUUUCUGGAGGUGGUGAAGUACCGGGGGUUUCUUCUAGAGGUGGUGCAGUACCGGGGGCUUCUUCUGGAGGUUGUGGAGUACCAGGGGCUUCUUCUGGAGGUUGUGGAGUACUUGGGGUUUCUUCUGGAGGUGGUGCAGUGGUGGAGUAA